AUGUACUUAUUCUCAAAAUCAUAUGUCGUUAACCUUGAAAUCAAAGAAAUAGGGAAAUUUCCAAACAAAUUGUCGUUGGCGAGUGUGACAAAACCUAAAAAGCCAAUGCUUAAUGACGUUGAAUUUUAUGUGAAGCAUGGGACAACUAAUGUAAGGCAAAAACAUCCACCAUUACGUGCAAAAUUUUCUAAUCAUCCGAAUUUUAAGAAGGAUUUAUAUAAUGCUAUACAAAAGUUUAAGGUUGGGCAAAAAGAUACAAUUGAAAAUGAUGCUGUAAAUCUUCCUGAAUGGUUCUUUGAAUUUCGAUUAUCUGAAGAAGAUCGAAUAUUAAUAUCAUUCACCUGA